UAAUAACACCAUUAAACACUCUCUUCUACUUAAUUUGUGUGAAGUGAAUUACAAUGGCAGGAGGAGGACGUCCAACACUCAUGCUCACUUUUUUCUUGAUUGCUCUCUUUGUUAUCACUACUGUUAAUCUGACGAAGAUGGAAGUGAUGGCAUUACGAGAAAUACCGCAGCAGAUUGCAGUGAUAAAGAGAAAUAUGUUUUCACUAACAGGUGCAUGUACAGAUCAUUGCAAUAAAGAUAGUGAUUGCAGUGAAAGUUAUUACUGUCGCCAAUGUGUAUAUGGAGUAGUCUUUGCAUAUGGCGUAUGCCUCUGACCAUCUUACUACUUCUGGUCAAUUAAGGUUAUUAUUGGACUAUCCUUGGAACUUGAAAUUACCCAACCAUAUAUAUAUGGUUUGCUGAAAAUAGCUGUUAAAACGCAUGUUUGUGUGUCCUUUAAGCAUUCCUUAUGUUAGUUGUUUCUACUACUUGUUUUUCAACUUUGUAUAAUAAAAGUGACCAAUCAGUUUUCUAGAAGAAAGCUACUAUGAUUGGUCACAUUUGUGAGUUUGGCUUGUGACUGUAUCUACUAUGAAAUGCAUUAAUUAGCUUGAUCUAAUUUUUA